AUGUAUCUCUCUGCAAAACUGUUAUCGUCCCUUUUUCUGCUCUGGCGUCUUGGUGCAGCUGACAAACACCAUUAUUGUGCCUGCGUGACUAGAAAGGGAGGACCUAUUAACGUACCUGCAACUCUUAAAAUAAACAGGGAAUGCAGCAAUGCGCUUGUAUUAGCUCAGGACAAUGGGCAAUACUGGUACGGGGGGCAUACCCCAGGCCCUCGCCAUGCUGGCAUAUUUCUUAGCCUCCCUGAUAAGAGCAAAAGGCUUGAUGGAGAUUAUAUGCAUAACCUAUGUAAAGCAGCUGGUGCACCGGAUAGCGCUUGCUUUAACUGCGAUUUCUAUCAGGAAGACGAGGAUGGAGGCAUCCUGUGUCAACGUUAG